GCGGAAUUUCGCGUAAUAUAACGGCAAAUAAAUCGUAAUUUACGAUACAUAAAUUACUGUUAUCAAAAAAAAAAACAAUAUAAAUUGAUAAAAAUGUCGGUGAUAAUCUGUAGAAAUUCAAUCGGUAGUUGAAAGUGGUCCCGCGGCAAUAAAAAAGCAAAAAACAUCGUUGCACCUAUCCCCUCUAGUGAAAUCAGUCUGCAAAGGUAUGCAGCCACUCUGUGAGCAGACUAAGCAGUAACUAAAUGUACCGUGGUUGUUUGUGAACAAAUAUUACAACAAACACAACAAGUGAUUAGCCAAAUUAGCUGAUAAAAAUGCUAUCUACGCUUUAUAAGUUCCCGUUUGCGUUCGCGAUAGUUUAUUACGGUGUCAUACCGCUCGGGUACUUGACUAAGUGGUGGACCACUGAUGAUAAGAUGAAGGGAAAUAGCACCAUCUUGGUGACCGGGGGUGCAGGUUACGUAGGGUCUCAUACAGUGGUAGAACUGCUCAACAACAACUAUUCUGUCAUUGCCAUCGACAACUUGGUUAACUGCUACUCUAACGGCCAAAAUGAAAAGCCAGAAUCCCUUAAAAGGGUUGAGAAAAUCACUGGCGAGACUGUUACGUUCUACAAUGUUGAUAUCAGGGAUAGAGAAGCUCUAGACAAAAUUUUUAAACUUCACAAAAUUGAUUCGGUAAUACAUUUUGCUGCUUUAAAGGCUGUAGGUGAAUCGGUGCAAAUACCACUAACCUACUACCAAAAUAAUAUAGCUGGAUCAAGUACACUUUUCGAGGUUAUGGCCAAAAAUGGGGUUAAAAGUUUAGUGUUUUCCUCAUCAGCAACUGUUUAUGGAAACCCCCAGUUUUUGCCAAUAACUGAAGAACACCCUACAGGCCAGGGGUGUACUAAUCCGUACGGAAAAACUAAAUAUUUUGUGGAGGAGAUUUUGAAGGAUGUUUGUGCCUCAGAUGCUGACUGGAAGGUGGUACUACUUAGAUAUUUCAAUCCUGUUGGAGCCCACGAGUCCGGAUUAAUAGGCGAAGACCCUUCAGGAGUUCCUAAUAAUUUAAUGCCAUAUAUUUCUCAGGUAGCCGUAGGUCGUAGGGAAAAACUAACAGUAUUCGGUUCGGAUUACCGCACGCCAGACGGCACUGGCGUGCGCGACUACAUCCACAUAUCAGACCUCGCCGUCGGGCAUCUGAAAGCGCUGGAAAAGAUGCUCGACCCCUCUUUCGCCUCCUGGAAAGCCUACAACCUAGGCACGGGGCGCGGGUACUCCGUUCUGGAGAUGGUGAAAGCGUUCGCGGAAGCCUCAGGUAAACAGAUUAAGUACGAGUUGGCGGCGCGCAGGGAAGGCGACGUUGCCGCGUGCUACGCCGACGCCACCCUCGCCAAAAACGAGUUAAACUGGACCGCCACCAGGGAUAUCAAGGACAUGUGCAAGGAUACCUGGAAGUGGCAGAAAACCAACCCCAAAGGUUUCCAGAAGUCCUAACAACAUUCCUACUUCACACUUUUGUUGACGUAAAAUUACUAAAUCAGCACAAAAUUUAUUUAUAUUAAAAAAUAAUCAAUACAUAAAUUUAGUAAAUUGUAAAUUAUAUUUUAAUUUAUUUGUAUAAAUGUUGACUUUAUGAAAUAUAUUUAUUGCAUUUAUAGGGCUGUUAAUUUUAAAUUAUUAUCCAGUGAAUAUUGACGUAAAUACUUAUUUAAUUUUGUGAUUAUAAUAAAGUAUAUUUUUAUGGUUUUUUAUUCGUUUAAUACAAUUUUUUUCAGAGCAUUAUGAUAA